AGCUUAAUUACCAUACUAAGAUUCAAUAUGUUAUGUUUUGGCAUGUCGAGAAAAUGCUAUCGGUUGACGUUAUUUUUUAGAAUAAUCUCCCUGUGCUAAAAAAAUCAAUUUUAAUAAAAAUAAAGUAAACUUAUCCUUACUUUUGUUCUAUUAAAUGAUCUACCCAGAUGUAAUUUUUCUAUGAUUUUACUUAUUUACACAUUUUUUGCUUGUCCAUUUUCCCUUCUUUUUUGAUAUUUUCUCCAGAGAUUCUUCCCUAAUGAUGAAAGAGAGCAGAAGAUGCAGUUCAAAAAACGAAAUUUUUGAUUUUUCACCAGAUUCUCUUCAAAUAUUUUAUCACUUGAGGACUAGAUUAGUUUUGAACUCUGUAAUAACUUUGUAGGUUCAAAAAAUCAAUUUUAGCAAUUGUAAACUACAAUAGUAGUAAAGGUGCAGGGUUGUGAAUAUUACUGUGAACAUGCUUUAUAAAAGCUAUUGAUCUCUCAUUAUCCCUGUUGGUUUUCGAUGGAGAUAAGGAAAAUGAUUCACUGUUAAUUGAGAAGAAGAACAUUAAAAGCUAGAUCAGAUCAUUUGUGAUAUCAUAUCAAAAAUAAGGAAGGUCAAACAAAAGUAAUUAUUGGACAAAUAAUCUUUAGGACAACGGACAGCAUAUCGUUAAUAAAUUUAUUUUUUCUUUAGAUAAGUUUAUCAAUGGUCAGAUAUAGUCUAAAGUUAUAAUUGGAGAGUGAACCUGGGGAACCGCUCAAUCAGAGUGACUAUUCAUUUCACUAAAAUUCAUUUUCAAAAGUAGAUCAAUAAGAAAAAUGAAACUUAAACUUUCAGAUAAACAUAAUCAGUCAUCGAACUUGUUACUGAGAGACUGCUUCAUAUAUUCAUAUAUUCAAGUUACUAAGUAUUAGGCCAAGCAAUCUUUCCUUUCAAGCAGAAACGAAAAUUUGUUAAAUUUUGAAAAUGAGCGACCCACCGCAGAUCAAGAGCUGUCAUUUUCCAGUUUUGAACAACAACAUUAUUCAUAAAAUUACCAAGGUCCCCCAUUGCAACUUGAAAAAAUGUUUCUUUUAUAACUCCACAAUUGACAAAAGUACGUUGCAUAUACAAUAUACAUCGAUCAGAUUCCAGGCGUCUGAAAAACUCGGCACUUGACCUAUUAAUUUUUACGAUUUAGGUUAACGGCAUUCCCACUGAUAUAUAACCAGUAUCUUCAGAAUUAAUUUCAAAUUGUUGUCAAGUCAAUAAAAUAGUACUUCAUACCAGUUAAAACUAGAGUUAUGGGACUAAAAAUUAAAUAAUCAUUUUCAAAUGGAUAAUGUUGUCUUUAACAAGCGUGAUAUUAAUGUUGUCACAGGCAUUCCUAAUUAUAACAAUUCGUUGCAUAUUAAAAUUAAAUCAAUAUCAAAAAUUUACCCAAAAUCAGUCAUAUCUAGUUCAAAUCAGAUUAUUAAUUAAAGUAAAAUUUUUAUCAAACACUUGAAAGGUCAAAAAUAAUAGACAAUAAACAGCUUCAAAAUCUAGUGCAUCAGUAUUUUAGCAAUCACACGUCAAGUACAGGAUGCAUUAUCUUGAUUAACGUUACUCAUAUCUUGGAUAUUUAGCAAACAUUUACUUUGAAAUUAAUGAUAUUCAUGAUUUUACAAAUAUGCAAACUUUCUAAGACGGUACAGUUGUCUUCACAGCUUACACGAUCAUUUUAAAGCAACGGAAAUGGGUCUGAAAAAGAUUCCCUUUAUAUUUUGCAAAAAUAAUUUAGAAACUCUUGACAUCGAUAAUCUUGUUUGUUUUUCAAAAUGAUUUCAACACACUAAUUAUUUUUUGGAGUCAGGUUCCGAUAAAAAAUCCGAUUUUGCACCGACUGACUAUUUAAAUACAGCUUCGCAGGUUUAAUAACAGUAUCAACCAAAACCUUCGUCGAGUCCACUUCAUCAGCUAGAAGAAUACCACCAAAAUGUUCUCCUUUAUUAUAAGCACACUUCUCCUUCUUGGUGCAACAUCUGGUCUGAGAUUUCCCAUUUGUGCUGAAAACGAAGAGUACCUAGACUGCGGUACCGAGUGUCCGCAAACAUGCUUGGAGAUCUUUGAACCAAGACAGUGUUCAGAUGUUUGCGUUGAAGGAUGCUUCUGCAAAGAGGGAUUUGUAAGGGCUGGGGAAAGCGGUCCUUGCGUGCCGCGAGCUUCGUGUAAAAAUGUACCACAAUGUGCAGCCAAUGAAAUAUACACUAAAUGUGCUCCUCUAUGUCCUCCGACGUGUGAAGAAAAGGAACCAAAACCUUGUCUAGAUAAGUGUCUCGACGGAUGCGUUUGUAAAGAAGGGUACAUACGAAGUGUUACUGGUGGUGCUUGUGUACCAGAAGACACCUGCGAUAUAGAUGUUUGUACUAAGUCUAAUCAAGUUUACAAAGAUUGUGGUACCCCAUGCCCUGGUACCUGUGAACAGCCACUCAGAGUUUGUGAAAGAAGAUGCGUUCCUGGAUGUUUCUGUCAAGAGGGGUACGUUCUAGAUCCAGAAACACAAGAAUGUAUCAGACUUCAAAAUUGUCCUAACAGAUUCUUCUAGACACUAGUAAUUGCAAUCCAUCGUUAAUUUGUUCAUUUUAACACUAUAUUUUUAGAUUUUGUAUUUUUGGUAUUUUCUGUGUACCUGUAAUUAGAUUAUAGUUAUUAAUAAAUUGCUAGCUAAUACAGCACAA